CAGAGAUGAAAAAGAGGAGGAGCUCCUGCGCGUAAUCUGGAAGUGGCGGUUGUUUCAGUAUGGCGUCUGUUGCUGAGGGCGCAAAUGACAAUGGAUUUUACUGGAUUCAUGACAAAUCAGAUGAAGAGCAGCCCAUGGUUUUUGUUACAGAGAUGAGCAAGAAUGCCGAUCUGAAGGUUGGGUCUGCAAAUAAUACAGAGGGAAAGAUAAAAAGAAGAGCUAGCAGCAUGGAUAAAAGUAGGCAAAAGACAGGAUUGCGUUCAGCAGUGCAAAGUGCUGAGAUGAUGGUGGGAAAAGCUUCAGAUCAGAAGCUGCCUUCUGUUGUAGCCAAUUCCAAAAUCUCUACAUAUGCACCAGAACCGGACAUGCCUUCUCUCACUUUAACUCAGCCUCUCUUCAGCGCUGCUCAAGCCAAAAGUAAGCCAUCAUUGAAGGAUCUCUGCCCAGAGGACAAGCGUCGGAUUGCCAAUCUCAUCCAGGAGCUGGCCAGAGUUAGUGAAGAAAAAGAGGAGUCUGUACAGAAACUCAGGGAUGAGCAGGAGACGUUUGAGAAGAAAAUCCAACAGCUAGAGCAACAAAACCAACUCAUCGUACAAGAGAGGGAAAGCCUGCAGCAGCAGUACAGAGAGUGUCAGGAGCUGCUGGGACUCUAUCAGCAAUACCUCUCCCAACAGCAAGAGAAACUCAACAAGUCUAUCACCCUGCUCAAUCAGUCCUGCUCCCACAGCAAGAUUCCUAGAGGCGAAGGGGCGGCCAGGAGGUCUUGGGGUGGAAAAGGAACUGCUUUAGAUGGAUCUUACUUGGACCUCCCUUCAUCAGGAAGCAGAACUGAUAGAGGUGGGUCAGUGGAGUGCACUCAUUCGUUCUCAACGGGACCGUUCAGUGCACCCUCCAGCAGCGACCAGAACUGCGAAAUCCAUGACAGGCACACCAAUCACAAUUCUGAAGGUGGACGUAGCGACCUCAGCUACUCCAACAGGGAUCCCUCAGCCUGUGAUGCCUUGAGGCUGCAUGGCACCUCUGAACCCAAGUGCUCUCAUCAGUGCCACAGAAUGGAAAAUGAUGGCCUGUGUGGUGCUAAUCGAACUGGAAUAGCGCCACUGUCUGGUCGGGAGAACUGGGAGGAGAAACGACGAUGUCUGCUCCUGCAGAAGAAACAGCUGGAGAUGGAGAGGGAGAGAAUUCAAGCUCGGUUGGCUCAACAGGAAGAGAAACUUUUGCUCCAGAACAAGCAACUCCGCCAGUCAUACCUUCAGUACAGCAAGCUUCAGAAAGCAACGACAACAGACUUUGAGAGACCUCUAAAUGGAGACAGCAGUUUUAAUGAGGGUCAACAAUCCAGUUUUGUAAUGGAUCAGUUGACACUCAGAAGUGAAAUAAAAGAAGGAGAGUCACACACUUUGCAGGGAAAUGUUCGACAACCGUUAAGCAAUGUACAGUCACAGCAACACACAUCAAGUAUUGAACAGUCUGCACCCAAGAUUUCACAAGAGAUCUCCAUUACCAAGAAGGAUAUGGCCACCUCUCCUGUGCUUACACAAAGCUUCCGGACAUCUGCUCAUCCCAAAAUUCCUCCUCUUGGUCUUCCUAGCACUCCAAAGGCUUCCAGGUUGGACGACUCUUUGAUUGAGUUGUUGGAUAUUAUCAGCCCCGUAUCCAACCCAGAAAGGUACCGAAUCAACCCCUCAUCCCGGAGGAGUUUCGUCGCCCCUCAGUCCUUUCAGAAGACUCUUCUCUCUCCUUUUGGCCCCAAUCGGUCCUCUCUGCAAGACCUGGAGGAGAGCGAGAUCUUAGAAGACAUCUUUUUCAUCUGUUGAAGGGUUAUAAUGUCACAGAUGGUUGGGCAGCAGCACCAUUAAAGUCCACAGGCUUUCCAAAGAACUAACUUGGCAACAUAUAUGUUUAAAAAGCUUCUGAAGAACAGUUGCUGUGAUCUGUAACGUAUAAUCCCACUGUCAUCUGAUGAAAUGAGAAAUUCUCGUAAGAGUGACUCAGUAAGAUGCAUUUCCAGUCAUCGCUGUGUUUUCCACAAUAUUCAUGAGUCAUUGAAUUUUCUGCAUAUAUUAACAAUUUUUUUUUUUUCCACAGGGGGUGUAGCACGAUUUUUAAUGUGUUCCCUCACUUUCCUAUUCCCCUGCUUUUCCAAUAUACACAGCAUAUAUGCUUUGAUACUUCAAACUCGAUCUGGGAGCAUCAGUAUAUGCAAUGGGAUUCAGCCAAACAUCGCUCCAGGGCUAUUGGUCUAAUUUGAUCUGAAGUGUUGUAAAGAAAGUUUCAGAGAGGUGCCCGUGUGUGUGUGCAUGUAAACCCUCCGCCUUUGAAGUGGUUUCAGAGUACAUCAGUCGUGCCACAAAUCCAUAAAAAGAGAGAAAGAGAUAAAAACAACUCAUAAAAAGGCUUGUAUAGACAUACAGCAGGAAAUGGGACAAGCAUAAUGCUGCUUUAUUCUACACUGUGCUUUAUUACUGGGCUUAAGCGGAAACGCGUCAUUCAGUAAAAUUACAAAAGAGAGUCUAGGGACCAGAGAAACGUGGAGUUGAGAACAGGGCAGGAGCUGCGGCAGCACUCUGACUGCUAAUACAGCUCAAUCUCUUUGUGAUAGGCUUGGCAAAAAUCCACAGAUACCACCCAGCACACUCAACUGUGCUCAAAAUCUCUGAAAAUCUUUUCUUUUUUCUUUUUUUCUUUUUUUGGUAUUUUUCUCUUUUUUUUUUAAACCCCAUUUUACUGCAUUGUUUCUGUAAGUUCUGGCUUUUUCUGAUGAGUUGAAGACAGUUAGUGCUAAUGAAGAACAGCUAUAAAACCAGAGUUGCUGAGAGUCUGAUGGAUUAGUGCAGUUUUUCUUCCUUUUUUUCCCAGUGUGUUUGAAAAAGCAGUGAAGCAAAUCGGAGUUCUGACAGAUGCAUGGAAUCGCAGAACAGAAGAAAACAGCAGACAGUUCUAACAGGUGCAGCAAAAAACUUUUGACACCAGUCCUUCAAGAGUUCUACAUUCUCCAUAAAGGAUUACCCUGAUUCUGCCAGUUGCAUUGUUCCAUUGUGUCUCACAAUACAAAAACAUGUAAAAAUAUAUUUUUAAAAAAGCAUCGUUUAAAUGACAAAAUGAUAUUCGGUGCGGUUACAAACAUAAAAAUUCCAACCGUUGAAAUGAUAAAAGUACAUAUGUUAGUAUUUUAAAAUGGAGAAAAAAAUAAUUUAACAAAUGACAUUUGAAAAAGUAAAAAAAUGAACGAAUGAAUACAUAAAUAGGCAAAUAAAUAAGCAUGUUGGCAGCAGUUCUGAAAGUGACAUUAAUGUUCGGAUCAAAUCUGAUUGGCUCUUCUUACGUUCCAUAAUUAAAUACCUUACAACCAUACUGCAUCUCUAAGGACUAGAGUUUACCUGCUUUAAUUCAGUGUUUCAUUUUUUGUCUUUAAAUUUUCUUAGUCAUCCAGUCCUUCCAGAUAGAAGUAAAAGACUAUAAAAUAUGCAAACCUAUAUACAGAGGAACAGAGCAAAAAAGAGAAAAAAACAUUUACAGUAUAUUCAGUAGUUCAUAUACUUAUAUAUAUUUAUAAUAAAAUUUCUGUUCUGUCUUGUCGGUUUUGUCAACUCUACAUUUCCAGAUUGCUAUGUAAACAGUUGCAGCUGAAACACGGAGGAAGAUGAUGAGCGCGAGAGACAGAUGUUGAAAAAGACCGAAAGGGAGAGAAAGACAAUUGACACUGAAAUCCAACAGACGGAAUGCAUAUCCUUGCAAAAGAUCCUGGAAUACCUGAAUGAUCAUGUGUUGGAAAGAUCUAGAAGGCAAAAUACAACAUUCUCGGAACCCGUCUGAAGUCGCGUCGAUUCAGAACUGAAUUCCCCUUCGAAAUGAGGUGAACU